AUGAACAGAGUCGAACAGGCCGUCUGCAGAAUUCGUGAGAAGCUUCCAAAUGGUCGGGGUUUUCUUACUCUUGGAUCUGGAUGUGUUGUGAAGUCUGAUAUUCUAGCAGAAUCACUAGGCUGGAAAUGUCCGAUUAUUUUGGUAACGACGACGGACGUUAUAAGCCCUGAGCUUCUAGGUUCAGAGGGGAACUAUGUAGCGGAGUUCUUAUCACGGGAGAAGAAGGGCUUAGAAGUGUUCGAUUUGAAGUCGGCGGCAGAAUGUUGUCGUGUUCUCGCGAGUCGAGAAGUUGGAAAGGAGGCUUCGUACGGACUGAGUUUAAUCUCUGUUGAACCUCUUGACAAACGUGGAUUCCUGAAACGAAUAGUGAAAAAGAGCAGCUUACAAACUACCAGACCUAUUAAUUGCCAUAAAUUCGCGCAAACGGAUUUUAUCAGUGAAUUUACUGAUGGUUUUUUCUGUAAUGUUAUUCGAGACACUGGAAACGGUGAACAAGACUUUGAAACUCGCACCUACCAAUUCGCUCUAAACUCAUCAGAAACGAGGGAAUUUAUCUUGAAAGACUUCGUCGGACCAAACAUUACACUAGACACAAGAAAUUUCCCAGUCGAUCAACAACCUAUCGGAGCCAUAAUAUUCAGUAAACACGGGGAUUUCGUUGGAGCUUUUGGCGCUUGCGACGAAGAACUCGUACCUUUGUUUAUCCCCGAUGCAGUUAUCCGCGAUGAAGCUUCAGAUCAGCAAGAAAAUAACAAUCUAGCAGAUGAGCUACAAAGACCAGCAAGUGAGGGUGAGGAGGCUAAAAAAGGUGCAUCAUAUGACGAGAAGGAAGAGGGGGAGGUAGAGCAGGAAACAUCAGAACUUUUGUCUGAAACCAGAGAAUCCUUAGACCAGUCAAGGGAGGACCUGACAGUCAGGAUACCUGUGGAUGCCCCAGAGUCCCCUGAGACCCCCUCUCAGGAAAGUGUUGCCAUGGCGACUGCUGCUGAGGAGAGAGAGGGUGAAGAGAUUUGUCAACCUGAUGAACAGUUAACUGAUCAGGGGUAUGUUAAUGAAGUUUGCGAGAAAAAGGAGACAACAAGUGUUGAUGAAUCACCUGGAGAUGGUGAAAAGCCAGUCAAUGGGGAUCAAAUGGAUGACCAGCCACAAAAAGAACAAGUAUCAGGGGAUGUGUCAAUUGAAGCAGUUGAGGAGGAAAAAUCUGAAGCCAUAACUAAGAAUGAAAAUGAAACUAGUCUUGAGCAAGAAGAGUUUUCUGAAAAUAUUGAUAUUGAUGUAACUAAUGUUGUAAACCAGGAAAAUGCUAAGGAAGAAGACAGUGAUGAUAGAGAAACUGGUGAAGAGGGCAAGGCAGUCAAACCAGAUUCUGGAAAAGAGAGUACUGAGGUUGAUGCAGGAAGUGAGGAUAAUGAGUUCUUUGAUUGUAGGGAUGAGGCAUCAGCAAAUAAAACACAAAUGCAAAUUGAUGAGGAGGCUAAAACCUUCCCUGAUGACACAGCAGUGGAGCAACAAAAUGAUGACAAACAGGAAGAUAUGAGUGAAAGCCAACCAGAUGUCUCUGAGGAUGUUAAUGAUACUGGUGAUGAACUGUUGACUAGUGGAGAUGAUGCCGUUGAUAAAGUAAAAACUGUUGAUGCAUCAAUUGAUGACCAAGAUGAAAGGAGCGCUUUGCUCCAGGGAGAAGAAAAAGGUGUGCACGAUGGUGAUAAGGGUGUGGGAGAGGACUUGAAUUUGGGCGAAGUGGAAGCUGGAGUGAGUGACAAAAAGUCAUCUGGUACUCUCAUUGCUACGGAGAAGAUUAAUGGUGAAGAAGAACAAGUUGAUGGACUCACACAAGAUCAAGAACAGCCAUUACCAAACCUCAAAGAGAUAUCAUCUUCUGAUAGUGGACUAUCAGACUUGGAGGUGAAGGGUGGCCCUGAGAAGAGUAUGGAGGGCUUACCAGCGAGCAAGUCACCUCUUAGUAACUUGAGGCUGCCCUUAUUACCAGAUGACCUGUUGUCAGAAGCUGUUACCAACAAUCCCAAAGUCUUGGAAGAUCUGGCCAAAUGCCUUGACACGGAGUACCAGCAUGGAGGUGUGCCGUGCUGGCGCGACCUGGCCGAGGUCCUGGCCAUACCUCCUGAAGCCUAUGAGCACUGCAGUUCGUUCUCAGAGACUAGUCCAACAGAGGACAUGAUGAUGUUUCUGUCCGCUACCAAGCCACAGCUGACGAUAAGCGAUAUGAAGGAUGGAUUGAGAGCCAUCGGACGACAGGACGUGCUACAGAUAUUGGAACGAUGUGUGACAAGGGGCAUCACAAGCAACGAGAGUGUGAUUGGCAGUCUUGUAGAACGUGACGACACAGACCUCCUUGGCCGGAUUGCCAUGAAGCUCGACCCAGGUUACACGCGCAACUGGAAAUCCCUCGCCAUUCAGAUGGAGAUCCCUAGACGAGUGUUCCGUAACUUUGGAACCCAGCAGCGACACAACUCCGCCCUGUUACUGUUCAAGUACUUGCCAAUUCACGACCCUGACCUGACGAUCAAGGAGAUCCGGGAUGCGUGCGAGGAAAUGGACAGACACGACGUGGUCAAGGUGCUGGAUUCGUCUGGAAUUCCAGGCGACGAUCCCGUCAAAGCAAUCUUAGAUGAUGCAGACUUCAUGGACGAGCUCACGGACUACCUUAAUGACGAUAGUACCGCGGGGGGCUGGCGCGAGUUAGCCGUCCAGCUCGGGGUUCCUGUGUCCAAGUGCUCUAUCUUCCAAUCAGCUGGUAGCAAGAGUCCCACUGCCUUGUUGCUGCGGAGUAUGGAGGAGUGUGAGCCGGACGUGACCGUGGAGGAGCUCAUACUUGCCCUCGUCGCCAUGAAGAGGCAGGAUGUUAUACAGAUUCUCGAGAAGCACUUUAAUCGGGACGACAUCAGAUCCAUUCUCGAGGACAACAACUGCCUGCCACCGGAGCCGGUCAAGGAGGAGGGGGAAGAAGAGGAACUAGUAUCGGAGGAGGACAAGUAGACAUUGCAAUAGUUGAGUAACUUCACCCGAGUUUGUUGCUGUGGCGUGACUAUCCUGUGACAACAUUGUGAGGGUGUCACGGGCAUGGCAUGACCAUGUCGUGACCUUCUUGUAAUUGUUCCGUGGAUGUCACGGGAAUUUCAUGACCAUGGCGUGAACGACCACGCCAUAUCUAGUGCUUGUGUGAAUCUACCGUGUCUGUGUCCACGGGUAUGUCGUGACCAUGGCGUGACCGUCCUGUAAGCGCGUCACGCCCUAACCAUUUCUAGAGUUUGUGCUACCAUACCGUGAGAGGGCAUGUGUACCUCGUCACCUUUCAAGUAGAAAUUAAUGGUCAGAGAAUUUUUUGAAGAUUUUCACUUGAAGCUCUUAGCAUAAUUUUAUAAAGGGAAUGCUUUCGUUUUGAAUUGUUUUGAUAGAGGUGAUUUGCCUUCUUUAGUGGUUUUGUAUCCAGAUAAGGGACUCAAGGUUUUGUAAUUGUUAUGCAACUAAAGGUUUUGAAGAGGUUUUUGUCCCUGAUUUCGUAAUUAGAUUUGAAGGUAAAUUCUUAUAAGAAUUGAACGAGAUUUUUUAUUUAAAAGAAGAAGGCUUCCAUGGUAGAGCAGCCCAGAGCCUUCAAAGUCACACAGACAGAACAAAAAAAUGGCAUGAAAUUCUCCAAUUCUUCAAUUCCAAGAUAUAUAAGGUCAAGAUUCCGCAUACAAGGAGUUCCCCUGACAAAAAGCUUAAUUCCAAA